AAAAAAAAAUGGUUCAUAAUCGUAUAAUUAGCAGAAAAUGAUUCACAUAACUGAUCUCACCUAAUGGGAAUAAGAUUCGGUUUUGUUGCUGUAUCGAAUAUUAAAAAAUAACUCAGAAUUGAUAAUUUUUCCUUCUAUAUAUCUAAUAAAUAAUUAAAUUUCUAAAUUAAUAAGAAAAAACAAUGUAAUAUGAACUCAAUUAAUUCCAGUUCUAAACAGUCGUCGAGACGUCGCAAGCCUUGUGAUGAUGUUAUCUGCACCAUACAGUUCUGGUGGUGGCGAUAUCACCUUCACGUCUCCCUAUAAAAUCCCAUUUCCCUCAAUAUAAUGGCUUCCAAGCCUCCCCAGAAGCGCCGUAGUUCCGCCCAUAAAUCUGUUUUUCCAUUCAGUCAGCGGCGGCGACGACGGCCAGUCGCCGCGCUCGAUGGGGUCCACACCCGACAUGCUCCUGAUUAUUUCCGCCGCACCCGGAGUGAAGUCCGAGACGGUCACGUCCAUUCCCGAUGGCGGCCUCACGGGCUUCAUCCUCUCCGUCAUCUCCGCCAAACCUGAAAAGCAGCCAUUCUACGUUCUCGAUUUGGGCAAGCUCGUCUCCCUCAUGGAUCAGUGGACCCGGGCCCUCCCCAUGGUCCGACCCUUUUACGCCGUCAAAUGUAACCCAUACCCGGCCUUGCUCGGCUCGCUUGCCGCCCUCGGCGCCGGCUUCGACUGCGCCAGCCGCGCCGAGAUCGAAUCCGUCCUCGCUCUCGGUGUCUCGCCGGACCGGAUCGUGUACGCGAACCCCUGCAAGGAGGAGUCCCACAUUAAGUACGCCGCCGCCGCCGGCGUUAACCUCACCACUUUCGAUUCGGUUUGCGAAGUCGAGAAGAUCCGGAAAUGGCACCCGACAUGCGCGCUUCUGAUCAGAAUCAGACCCCCGGACGACGCCAGCGCCAGAUGCCCGCUGGGUCCCAAGUACGGCGCCCUGCCGGAGGAAGUCGAGCCGCUCCUCCGGGCCGCUGCGGCCGUGAACCUCGCCGUAACGGGCGUAUCGUUCCAUAUCGGAAGCGGCGCCGCCGAGUUGCAGGCUUUCCGAGGGGCGAUAGCGGCUGCGAAAUCGGCAUUCCAGACGGCUGCCCGGCUCGGAAUGCCGGCAAUGCGGGUGCUCAACGUCGGCGGCGGGUUCACAACGGGACCGCAAUUUGAUGCCGCUGCGGACACCGUGAAAUCUGCUCUGGAAGAGUAUUUUUCGGACGAACCGGGUCUGAGGGUCAUGUCGGAACCGGGCCGGUUUUUUGCCGAGUCGGCGUUCACGCUGGCGACUAACAUUAUCGGGAAGCGCGUGAGGGGGGAGGUGAGGGAGUACUGGAUCAACGACGGGGUCUACGGCUCCAUGAACUGCCUGCUGUACGACCACGCGACGGUGGCAGCGAUGCCGCUGGCGAGUGCAUCGAAUCGGGGGAAUCCGGCAUGCCGGGGAGGGAAGACAUACUGUUCGACGGUGUUUGGGCCCACGUGCGACGCGUUGGACACGGUGCUGACGGGGUACCGGCUACCGGAAUUGGAGGUGAACGACUGGCUGGUGUUCCCCAAGAUGGGGGCGUACACGGCUGCCGCCGGGUCCAACUUCAACGGGUUUAACACGGCGUCGAUUUUGACCCACCUCGCUUAUUCCAACCCGGAUUAGUGACCCCCUGGGUUGUCAAAGCUCCGAAAGUUGCUUUUCGGAUUUUUUGGAUUAUACAUUGUUUAUUUCCAUCUAUUUGGGAAAUUGACUGCAUUUUUCUUCACUUAGAAAUAUAUGAAUUUUGUAGGGCAUGCAAAAUUUAUAUGUAAAAUAAAUUAUAUAGUGCAAAAAAUCUUUGGAUUCAAAA